AAAAAUCGCCAAUCAUGAACGCCGCAGAAUCGAUCGAAGCAGCAGCUGAUCAACAUAAGCAAAAGAACUUGAUCAGAAGUCAGUACAAAGACGUUAUGGUCAAAGUCGACGAAGAUAUUUACUACCUCGACCGGCUGCAACUAGCUCUAAAGUCGAAAUAUUUUGAAAAAUUAUUCACCGAAGAUUACAGCGAUAAAAACAGCGACUUGGUAGAACUCCCAUUGAUGGACACCGAUACAUUUUCCGCCGUUGUUGACAUGAUUUAUGGCGAAGAAUUGAAAUCUGUUGUUAAUUCCGAUAAUUUUGUAUCCUUGUUGAUGGCUAUGGAUUAUCUUCAGAUGGAUAUCGAUCCGGAAACGUAUAAAUCUCUCGCAAAUGGACAGUUGGGCUGGAGUAAACCCUUGCAUAAGGAUAUUUUCAAGUUGAAUUAUUUCAUUGCGGAUGACGCAAAAUACGAGUAUUUAUUACCGAUUGUUUUUCAACAUCUGUCCGGACAUUUGGAAAAGCUGCAAGAUCGUGAUGAAAUUUUAUCGAUCAAGUUUGAUCACAUCGUCAAAAUUAUUUCCAACAGAGAAGCGUCGAGUUAUAUUACUCAAUUCAGAACGGUUAGUAAAUUGUGCGCUAGAUGGAUCUGUCACGAUAUGGAAAAUCGAUUGCACCUUGCUUUGAAUCUUGUGAAUGCUGCUAGAUUCAGAUUUCAAAUUUCAAAUAAGAUUUCUCAUCAAGAUUUCAACUUAGAAUUGUCCUCCAACAAAGAGCAUCUGAACCAAAAUUCAAUUUCAACGUACAUUCACAAAUUGAUGAUGUAUUGUGGGGAAAUCCGCUGCCCAGAAGCUGUCAAUUCUGAGCCUGUGGAGACGACAUGUGCACGCGAUGAAUGUAAUGAUAAUGAAAAUUUAUGUGCCUCUGAUUCCGGUGAAGACUGUCGCAUCUUAUUCAGUCGAGAACCGAAGUUGGAAUCGUUCUUGAAGAAUAGCAACUUUUACGAUAUCACAGUCCAAGCUGGUGAAAAAUUUUACAAACUUCAUCGAUCUGUGUUGAAAUCGGAGUCUGUGUAUUUCGAGGACCUCUUUUCUAAAGAGCACUCCGAGUUGGCUGCUCAAUGCAAAGGAAUACCACCAAGCCCUCCGAGUAAAGAUAAAAUAUAUUCGCUAGAUGAAAUUGAUUCAGCCACAUUCGACAUGAUAGUUAAUCACAUGUAUGUACUUGGGAAAAGUCGAACCUACUUGUGACGUUAUCGUUCGUUUAUUCAAGUCUGUCCAUGUUUUAAAAAUAGACAAUUUGAAGAAUCCUUGUUCUAAGUGGAUAAAGGCCAAUUCCGAAGACAUCGAUGCCGAAGAUGUUACUGAAAUUUUAUAUUUCAUUCACCUACAGGCCGAUUAUAAAGAUCUGAAUCGACUUUUUUUAUCUAGAUAUAUCGUCGACUCGUGGCCUAAAAUAGAUAACUUGGCACAGUUUGCAGACCUUUUCAAGGCGAUUGCCUUGCCCGAAGGGAUCAACUCGACCGAUGAAAAUAAAGCAUAUUUGUUUGAUAAAGUUGAUCAAGAAACUUUCCAACUGAUAAUCGAUUACAUUUACUUCGAUAAAACAGAUUUUAAG